AUGAAACUCUCCGUUCAUGCUCACCCGUGGACCCUCGUGAUGUUAGUUCACGGGAGCAGCAGCAGCAGCUCCGCCACUUUGCUGUUUCUCGGUGUUUUUCUAUCCCUGCCGGCUCCGGGUCUGUCGGGUUGUCGGGAUGCGGGUUUAUGCUGCACCGGCCGGGACCCUUCGUGUAUCAGCAGAGGAUGGAGAUCUGACCGCUCCUAUGGCACCUGUUACUGCGACCAGGCCUGCGUGUCCACCCUGGACUGCUGCCACGACUAUGAGACGGUCUGUCCAGGUGAGCCACAGCUGAGAAAAACACUUCAUUCAGUCAUGUUGUGUUUCAGUAAGACUGAUAAUAGUAAACUCUGUGGUUGUUUUAGUUGUUGGAUCUGUUUUUUUGUUCAAAGAGUUGGAAACACUUCACAAUAACCAUAAUUCAUAAAUGGUAACUAGAUUGUUUAUUGAUGUUUAAUCAUCAUUUAAAAACAGCAUAUAGACUAAUUAUAAAUGACAAUAGAUAGUUUAUUAAUGUAAGUUAACAGUUACUUUUCCAUUGACAAGAAAUGGAGUUAUGAUUAAUAAUUUUCAUUAAUGAUUAAUGGACUAUUUAUUAAAGGUUUAUAUAGGGUUUAAAUAUUGGUUGUAAAACAUCUAGAUUAAAAUGUGUGUGAAUAGCACUUUGUAAAUGGUUAAUAUUUGGUUUUUAAACCAUCUGUAAACAACACUGGUUAUUGUAAAGUUGCAAAUGAUGUUUGUAAUACUUUGUAAAUGAAAACUCUAAAGGCAUUUUUUUUUCUAAAGUUCAAGGCUGAAACAUUUUAAAAAUGUAAAAUCAUUAUCAUUAGAGACAGACUGAAUAAUGAGGCCAAUUAUCAGCAAUUUGCCUACAUAUCAAAUUAAUCUUUUUUUUUUUUUUUUGCCCAAAAGUGUUUCAUAACUAAAUCAGUCAUUCGAUAAUAAUUUAAAGUGAGUUCGGUUACAAAAAAAACCCCUUCUUUCUUCUACAUAGAAUUAUCAAUCUGUACAUCACUUUUUAAAAUCCUAUCCCUACUUUUUUAAUUUAUAUAACAUAUCUCUCACAAAAUAUUCAGAUUACUGGACAGAAAGUCUUUUUGUGGAAAUGCCAAAUAUUUUUCUGUCUGCAUGUAUUUGAUAAAAUAUUCAGUUAAGUACAGUUAUUUAGUUUCUCAUUGGUUAGUGUCAUUAAAGCUCCUGUGAGGAACUUUUGGUUUGUGUUAGUUUUGGCGCCCCUUGUGGACAAAGCAGUUAUUGUUAAUCUUGUCAUCUAUAUGCUUGAUCAGGGAUUUUUGACAAAAUAAUAAUUAUUAUUAUUAUUUUUAUUAUUAUCACAUGCAGACUUCUGACAAAGAUCAUUUAUAUUUUGUAUUAUAUAUGGAACAGGGCUUUUCCUGCUGACAUCUACCCCCUCAUUUUACAUAUUAAAAAUUAGGAUAUAAAUAUCUCCAAACUUGUUGCUGAUGAGGUUGUUUGCUUUAGACAUCAUGAAAAGACAUGUUUGAAUUUCAGUCUAUUUUAUAAACAUAAAAACCUCCUUAUAGUGGCUUUAAACUUGUUUUUUUGUCAAAUGCAGAAAGGGAAAAAGAGCAUGAUGUCAGCCUCAUAUAAUAGAGAGCAGGUCAGCCUAUGGACAAAGGCUGACCUGCUCUCUCAUAAUUAGUUCUGGCAUCAGCCAUUAGAAAAUGUAAUCAGCCAGCUACUAAUUAUAAUGAGGAUAUGCUAACUAUGGGAGGCCCCAGUAUUUAAUUCUUGUCCUGGAUUUACCUCACAUAACAAGCCGAUGAGGCCUGUUCAACUUUAUAUGUGAUGCAUCAACUUUCCUGUGCCUACAUUUAAUCUGACUUCUUUCAAUCAAAAUCUCAUCUUGAUCUGCCAGUCUUUAUCUUCCCUUACAGAAAUAAUCUUAUGAUACAAUUUCCCCCCCCUUGUUGCUUGUGCUCUAUUUCUGUCUACCAGCCGUGUCCUGCGUGGUGAGCGAAUGGACUCAGUGGUCAGGCUGUGCCGAGAUGUGCAAGGCCACAGUCCGCAGGAGGAGCAGGGAGAUUCUACAGGAGCCGCACAAUGCUGGCAAACCGUGUCCCCACCUGGAGGAGCAUGCUGGCUGUGCAGAGUACUGGACGCAUGAGGGGCACUGUCACAAUUCUUUAGGUAAGACAAAUCUACCUGGAUCUUUGCAGGCUGACAUCCUUGAAAAAUCAAGUUAGUGAGAUAAGUUCUGAGCUGAAUACAAAAAAUUAGAAAGUGAUAUUGCCUUCAGGUAAUCCUAAAUACAUGCAUCGCAGUAAUCCCUCACAUGCACAUAUCUGAUAGGAUACCACCUAGUUUUACUCUGUUACCAUAAUGGUUUGUGGCUCAUUUAAAGAACAUUUUAAAUGAAGUUAAAGCCUUUUUUUUUUACUAUCUGGAUCAAGUUACACAAAAGGAAAUCCUCAGAUUCCCUCCAGCACACAUCUAUUUCCAAGGGUAUAAGGCCCCUUAUCUUAUAACAUGCAGCAUAUGGUCACAUGUAAUGCUCUUAUCACGGUUGUUCCCUCUGCAGUCCCAGCUCUUAUUAUCAGCGGUGGCUAUGGCAACGCCAGGAAGAAAAGAGACAUUCCUGACAGCGGUGACAUUAUUGGGUAACACAUUCAGAGAGUGCAGAAAAAUGUCAAAUGGCACUCUAUUUUACCUUUCACAUCAAAUAUUCAGUUUGUGAAUGUGUGACCAUGAGAUUCUCUCCAUUUAUGCAAAACAGGUAUUGUGUCCAGUUUCAGUUGACCUCUCUGACUAAAGGGUGCCAGCAGAGCUCAGACCCACACACACAGUGGAUGCAGAACCUGAGGGAGGGCUACCGCGUGUGUGUGGAGUGUCAGCCGCCUGCGCUGGCUGCUGGACAGACUCACUGCGCCGGAGACGGAGAGGAAGAUGACGAGGACAGGUAGAGGAAGAUUUGACCCAUCACAGCUCACUCAUGUUUGAAGGGUUGGCGGGUGUUGACUUGAAAAAUGUGUCAAAGAUUUCAUCUUGUUUGGGCUGAAAAAAAAAAAAAAAUUAAACUAUGACAUUAGCUUGAGGUUUGUUAUGCUCAGUAAAGAGGCUCAGCAUGGGAGAUAACGUCAUCUCACUCAGUACUGAAUAAACUGGCUCCAGAUCCUCUGGCAGAGUUCAUCAGCCAAAGAAACAGCCUUGAGCGUGUCACUCGACGCUCUGCCAGAGGUGACUGUUACAUUCCUCUGUAUUGUAUAGUGAGUGUUUUAUUUUGUAUUAUAGUGUACAUGUAUUGUGUUGUAUUUUUUUUUUUCUCUUUUCCUUUCUUCUCUUCUUUUUUAAAUUGUAAUUUUACUGCCUUUUUCACAUCAUGGCCAGGGGACUACAGAUGAAAACUAGCCUUAUGGCUAAUUCUGGCUUUUUUUGACCAUGUGUUAUCAUGUGUUUUAUGAAAUUGCGCUGUCCCCUUUUAAAUAAACUAAUCUAAUCUAAUCUAAUCUAAUUAAGGCAAUCCUGAAGUCAUCCAGUUCUUUGUAAUUACCUGGUGAAACAGUAAAAAUGAGUGAAAUAGAUCAUAAGUAAGGAAUCUUUGGCUUAUUUUGAUACAUUCCUUGAUAUUGUAGAAAGUAUGGAGCCCCGGAGGGGACAUUAAUUUUUUUUUUCUUCGCAUGUAUGUUUGUUGGCUAGCGCUGUGGCUGGGACCCUAUAUGGACUGUUGAUGAAGUUAGGUGCUGUUCUGAGCAUUAUUUGUGGCUAUAGAGCGGCGUUUCGGUUGAGGUUUGUUUAUGGCUCCUCAGACCGCUGUGUAUUGCUAUUCUGUGGUCGUUACUAAAGUUGGUUUAACUAGAGAAGCAAGCAGUCUGCAACAUUCACCUCUCGAGGGGGUGUCUAACUCAGUGUUACAGUCACUCAGUGACCCUCAAUUAAUUUUACACCAGAAUAUCCCUUUAAAGUAAACAUCAGUGUUUUCUAGCUGGUGCGUUGUUGGACAAACACAUUAUCACAUUACUGAGAUAUUUCCAUGACUCUCUCAAAGGAGUCAGUUUUUGCAGGCCAUCUGUUAGAUGUGAACAAUAACUGCAAGGACUACCACUAGAUGGUGACACUGAUCAUCACUGGGAUUUAGAGAGCUCUAUACUUGGCACUAACUGAUUCCUCCCUCCCUCCAUUCUGCAGGAGACGGUCUCUUCAGUGGCAGGCGGUGGGAAAUCCUCGUUGCAGGGGAGCAUGGAGGCGUGUGGGGAGGCUGGAGGCGUGCUCCUGCCCGACAGCCCACAGCUUCCUCUUCAUCUAACCUCCUCCUUCCUUCUGUAAGCCUCCCUCCUGUACAUAUUGACUUAGACACGUGUACAAAGAACAAUAUGUAGGCAUGGUUUUAUACCAGGCAGAAUCGUGGACACUUAAAGUUCAGCAGUGGUGAAUGUAUGUGAGAGAAAACACUGUUUUAUAAUCAGGAUAUAACCCUUUUCUUAUUUUACAAAACCCCCCUAUAAUGCAUUAAAAGCCCUGCUGUAAUAAGGUAAUAUGCUCCCUACUUAUAACACUUUAUAAACAUCGCUAUAAGCAGUUAUGGAUGUUUAUACAUCUCACAAGGGUUGUUAUAAAACCUGUAAAAGCAUCUAUAAGGUUUUAUAAAUGUGCAUAUAAUACAUAACAAGAGGCGGG